AUGUCGUCCUCCGCCGGCGGCAAUAUGGAAGAAGAAGCAGUGGAGCACCAGCAGCAGCAGCUGGACUACGGCGGCGGGAGCAACAACCCGCGGAGGUGCGCCGCGUGCAAGUACCUGCGGCGGCGGUGCGCCCCCGACUGCGUGCUCGCGCCCUACUUCCCGGCGUCGCAGCCCCGGCGGUACGCCGACGUGCACGCCGUCUUCGGCACCAGCAACGUCACCAGGCUGCUCCAGGGCCUGCCGGUGCAGGAGCGGCGGCGGGCGGCGGACACGAUGGCGACGGAGGCGCGGUGGCGGGUGCAGGACCCGGUGUACGGCUGCACGGGGGUCAUUGACCGCCUGCAGCAGGAGAUCCGCGCCGUGCAGCACGAGCUCGCCACGACGCGGGCGCAGCUCGCCGUGUACGCGCGCGCCGCGCCGCCGGCGCAGGGAACGCAGCUGAUGAUGAUGCCGUCUCUUUCUCCUCCUCCUCCACAGCAGCCUCUACUUGUACCAGCUGCUGCGGUGACGGGGAGUGCCGCCGUCCGUGGGGUAGCCGUGCACGAUGACGACAACGGGGCGCCGUUGAUGGACCCCGACGAGUUCCUCGACCUCGACGGCCGGCUCUGA